AAGAGUCUCAUUAUAUAAGACAAAAUCUAUCUAGUAUAAAUCACCAUUCAAUCCUCUACUACCUUCUAUUAAAAUAUUCUUCUAAAACGAACAAAAAUUUUUCUUCGGAAAAUCGCCCUAGAGGAGGGGUACGGGGACUAAAAGAAUAAAAUUCUAUAUGAACAAGUCUGGAGGGGGGUACGGCAAUUUUUCGAAGAAAAAUUUUUGUUCGUUUUAGAAGAAUAUUUUAAUAGAAGGUAGUAGAGGAUUGAAUGGUGAUUUAUACUAGAUAGAAUUUGUCUUAUAUAAUGAGACUCUUCGAAUAAUUUUUUAAUAGAAAUAUACUGAAAAUUAAGCAAAAUAUGCCAAAGAUUAAUAUUUACAUGAGGAGCGGACCCCUUUGGACCGUUUCUUUUUCAAUCAAAAUUAGUCCAUUUUGAAGAGCUUUUCAAGGAGCAGUUUCUGGAAAAGUUUGAAUGUUGUCAUUCGAAUUAUAGUGAAGAACGGAGCAUUAUAAUGAAACCCUUUUUUCCAAAUUUCAAGGAAAGCAUAGUAAAAUCCAAAUAACUACCUUACAUUGACGUACAUGAUUUUCAUUCUUUAUCAGGUUAAAGUAUCGAUCAUUUGUAGUCAUUUUGUAGAGAAAAAUUAGCUGCAUCUUCUGGUAUAUAACAGUUAAGGAAUCGAUCAACCUAUGUGCAAGUUUUCUUACUCGUAAGUUAGAUAUGUCUAGAUGAGAACAUACGUAAAUAAGGAGAGCCCUCCUCAGACACAAUGCCUAUGCCUCAACGAAUUUAGCAAAGUCUAAUUGAAGAAAAAAAGGUACAGAACCAUGUAAAAAUCCACGGGCUUUCUUUCUAGAACCAUUUGAAUAUCGAUUAUGGGGGAGCCAGAUUUACGGACUUAUCCGGCGAUGUCCUUUAUUCUUCACAGGAUUUUUUUCCAAUUAUUGAUCGUUGCAUACCUGCUAUUAAAGGGUAUUUCCACCGGGUCUCAUCCAUGAUGUACCAACUUGAUGUCUGAUUUCGAUGAAAUUUUCAGAGUUUAUAGAGCUUUUAAUUCUGAGCAUUUUGAUUAAAAAAAGUUUUCAAAAAGCUUUUAUUUUGGCAGAGAUAGACUCAAAAUACUGUUAGCUGUAAAAAUGAAAAAUCUCAAAAAACGUUUGUUUUCACUAUUUUGACGAAAAGGUUUUGAUAGUUUAGUUCGCUAAAGUAAGGUCAAAAAUAAAAUCUAAUGUCAUAUUCGGGUUCCUCGUGAAAAGGCGCAUCAAACCAUACUAAAUUUAACUUAAAUUUCGAAAAAAAUUGAAUCUAAGGUAUGUCUUGACUACAGGCUAGUGCAGCGCUAUCUUGCGUCCUCGAUUAUUUCAAAAAUCCGAAUUGCUCGAUAUGAUGGCAUAGUGUAUUCGAUAGAGCGUCGCUCGCCCUACAACUCUGAUACGACACAAUUUUCAGCAGUUGAAAUCCAGCUGAAAUUUGAAUCAACUUUGUAAAGAGCUGCUUUCACCUAUAUCUCUUAAGAUCGACUGAGGUGGAAAAAAUCUAUAGCUUUUACAAAUGACUAGUCCCAAUUUAAAUGAAAUUUGCAGCGUUUGUGUAUCUUUUGAAGAUGAUUAUUUCGAGCAAAAAAUAUCUGUUGUUUGAUCCUCUUGUUGAUGCUGAAAUAUGCCAUUUAUUCAGAAACGUUACAUUGAUAAGUCAGUGAACGAUGAGUUCAUCGUAUUAAGUAAAAUCUAGUUUUAUAUUAUAUGCGAAUUUUAACAUGAACAAAGCAUGUAUAUUGAAAACAUGUUGAAAAGAUAGUUAUUUAGAAAAGCUUUUGCUUUCAGAGAAAAGUUUUAAGAUAAUAUUGAUAGUUGAAAAAGACAAGAUAUAGAUAGAUAAAUAUAUGGUAUAUUGAUCAUUGGGUUUAUGUUGUAAGAAGAAUGAUAAACAUAGAUAGAUGACAUGAUGGACUUUAUUACUCAAGAUUUCUUCUAAAAUCUACUAGAUAUAGAAUGUCUGGAUGCUCCUAGUUUGAUUUAAAGUGUAAGAUUGCACUCUUGUGACUUGUUUUUGAACAAUGAAACUCAACGUUUAAUUAGCGAGGAGUACUCUGAAUAACUUGUUAAAUUUAAGGAGCAAACUGUUCAAUAGUCAUGAAAUACUUACUUUUUUAAUGGAUUAAUGCUUUUACUUUAUCUACUUCAAAACUUCAUGAAAUAAAUAUUAUGCUUUUAAGUUUCCUAUUUUUACUGCUCAAUAGCGUUGAACAUAGCAUUUCUCUAUCUGAAUCUACUAUAAGCAAGGCAUGUCAAUCACUUUUUUCAAUAUAAGAAUAAUUAUCAGAAAUACCAAAAGCAAUCAAAUCAAACUAUGUCUAGUGAACGUCUUUCUUUUUUAGACAACGACGCUUGAAGCUUCUAAGCCAUUUUUAUUACAAGCACCUGUAUCUGUUCGUCUUAUCAAUAAAGCAAAUGGCGUAACAAAACGUUCACGUCCAGCAAUAGCAGCAUUUCUUAUUAUAUUUCUUGUUCUUGUUGUUAUAUUACCAAUUGUUUUAAUAAUAAUUGCAUUAGCAAGUUCAACAAUUAAUUUUGUUUCAAGUAUAGCUAAUUUUACAACAGUUCAACAUACAAUUAGUUUAAUUGUACCAUCAAUAAAUGAUGAUUCAACUAAAUCUGGAUUAAAUAUGAAUAAUAAUAAUAAUAAUUAA